UAUGUAUCGAGGCGUCCUUCUUUCAAAGUUUGUUGCAACACCCUAGAGCUAGACUUAGAAUUUCCAAGGAGUGAAAUCGCUGAAAAUAAGUAUCUGUUUUUAUAGUGCGCAAUUACGACCAAUGCUGGUGGACUUGAUGUUUUUGUUGCAAGAAAGUCUCAACAUUGUGGACCCUGAUCAGAACAACACGCUUUAAAGUUUAUCUUCGUUUCUCCUUCUUUCUUUCACUAGAAGGCUUUCUCUUGUUUUUUGCGUUGCUAAAACUUUGAAAAAACAUACAAGGCCCACGUGGUGGAGUCUACACAGAUCAACUUGUGAGAACGAAUGAGUGAGGGAGUGAGUUUGUGUGAUCCACAAAAUGCACGAUAGAGUCGAUUCGCGCUCGAAUGCGGACGCGACGUUGGCGGCAGCAGGCAGGGAUAAGACGUGCGAUCUAGUACAGCCUCUUCGGGUGCAGCUAGGGAACAGUCAGGAGAGGCACAUGGAAAAUCCCCAACGGGUGGACGAUCGGGAAGUAAGCCAGCAGUUCAGGGGAGAUGAGCAUUCAUACGUGCAGGUGGUGAGGUGGCUUAGCAGGUGACGCUCAACAACAAGUUGACAUAGUCGAACGCUUGAAAAGGCUAUGAAGACAAAUUCAAAUCAAGAAAAGGAAUAACAGAAUUUGACAAUUCUAGCUUUUCGCGAGCCCAAAGGCGCGCUCUAGAAGUGGACUUAUAUUGAUCAUGUUGAUGAAUCUUCUCGGUUUUCCGCUUUAAAUUCUGCGUAUGUAGCAGUGGUGUCGGCGCCAAC